AUGUACCAGCACCAGCCGCCCGUAAUGUACCAGCACCAGCCGCCCGUAAUGUACCAGCACCAGCCCGCAACUUACGAGCAGUCCACCAUGGAGUCUGCCAUGAACAGCACUUCAGCUCCGAGUCCGACCGUAAAAUCCCAGAGGCCGCCAUCUCGACAAAAAUUAAAUUUAGUAAAAUGUUUAAUAUGUCAUAAGACUGGACACCGGGCGGCGGAGUGCCGCAGUCGAGUCCGCCAAGAGCCUUCGAAUAGGCAAAGGGCUCCACUCUUAGUUAGGCCACCAAGACGUGCUGGAAGAGGAGGAAGAAGGUUCAUGACUCCAGUAUAUGAACCAGACACCCAAAGGGAACCAUCCAUGAAUAAUUCAAAAGAGUCGCUUAACCAAGGCACUUUGGAAGAUAUUCCAAUUGAACUAAUGAAUAUGCCUGAAGAGUAUUCUCUAGGACAUUGUGUGGCAAAAGAUAUGCGUAUGAGUGCUGGUAUCGCCGUAUAUUUCAAGAGAAAAUUUGGAAGAGUUGGCGAACUAAUGGACCAAAGACCAAAUGUUGGUUCAGUAGCGCAUUUGCAAGAAAACGAUAGAUUUAUUUAUUAUUUAAUUACCAAGGAGCUUAGCAACCAAAAACCAACGUACAAUUGUAUAACUGCAGCCAUUACAAAACUACGUGAUCUUAUUGUAGAACAUGGUGUUAAAAAACUAGCCAUCCCACGUAUUGGUUGUGGUCUAGACAAAUUAGACUGGUCCAUAGUAAGAGGCAUUAUUGAAAUUGCAUUUCAAAAUGUAGGAUGUAAAAUCAAAAUUUGUCAUUUUAUACAUAAUUUGUCAAAAGAGUCAGAAUUACUUCGAGUCGAACAUCCAAGAACUAUAAAAGUUCGUAAAAGUAUCAAAGAUAUAGAAAAGCGAAAAUUUGAAAAACUGAAUAUUAUAUUAUUUUCUCGGAAAACAACUUUACCAGUGUAUUGGGAUCAACAUUUUGAAUCAGUCAAUGAAAAAUACUGCUUUAAGUCACAAUACUGUAAAGACUAUGAGGCAGAUCUUGAAGUUGGUCAGUGUUUAUAUUACCGCACAAUGGAAGCUUACAUAUUCGUUAUCAUCACAAACGAAAAUACAAUAGACCAUUUUUCAUAUCAAAACUUGGAAACUGGACUUGUGAAAAUGAAAAUGUUGAUCAACAAUGAUCAGUGGCACCCAACAUUCGUUAUACACAGCAUGAAUAAUUAUAUAUUUGAAUAUCUCAUUAACAAAAAAAUUGUAUCUCUAAUAUGUACAACUUUUUUAGAAUUGACUCCAUGUUUAAUUAUUCAAAUAGUAAACAGUAAUUCUUAA